AGUGAUGUUUACAGCGCCGAGUGUACUUUGCAGGACAAGCCGUGUGUGCUGCUAGCAGCGUCGACGUGAGGAAGGAGCUUUCGCCGAGAGCAAAUCGUCUUUCUCACUUUCCCCAAAGUUACUCAAAGUCCGCACCUGUUAACAGCCAAGUGUCCGCGCGGUGACGGACUCGCGUUUCGCAGGUAACCGACGCUUGACAUGAAACUUUGGACCCGUGGGGCCAAACAACACUCGGUUCGCGGACGUGUGCACGGUGGCUAGCCUAGCUAGCUAGCGGGCUAACAAUUAGCAUCUGGGAACUACUUGGCUAGCUGGCUAGCGAGGUCCAGCCCAAAAAAGUUGUUUACCUCGCCUUGUGGCUGUGUUCUCCCCCCUCGAGCUUUUGGACACUUUUCUCUGGCAUAAGAAAGAAAGGGCCGACUGUUCACACUGGAUUUAAGAGCGAGCGCUGUUAGGAAACUAGCAGGAUGUCAAGCGAGGUCGAGAGCAGUCACUUUGACUCGAGUUUGACAGCAGUGAGCACCAGCGGGCAGCGGGACCACCAACACGCGAGCGAGGGGGCUCAACGGGCCAAGGCGAGCGCCGUGAGAGAGGAGGGAGGCUCGGAUAGUCUACCGUCAGACCACCGCGGCGGCUCGGACGAAGCCAAAAGUCCCCCGAGAGACUGCCAAGAAGGCGAGCCGAGCAGUAACGCUGACUCGACGCUUGUGUUGACCAAAGUUGUCGAGGCUCCGCCGCCGAAAGUCAACGCAUGGACCAAGAGAACGACGGGAAGAGUGCUAGUGAACAACCUCCAUGACCGAGAUCAACAAAAUGCUCUGAAGGUUGUCCGUGCCAACAAGCCCAGAACCAGAAAAUCCAGCAAGUCGGGCGACUUUGGUGACAUUACCAACUGGCCAACACCUGGAGAACUGGCCAAGGAGGGGCAACAAAAUGUUGUCAACGCUAACACCGCCAACGGGAAGAAGCCAGCGUUCUCUCGCCAGGACAAGGAGAAGAAGAGGGAGCGGACGGACAGGCAAUCAGAGAGUAGCCACGAUGGCGGCGAGAGCAAAGAGAAUCAGGAGACUCCUCCCGAACUUCUUGUAGAGACGGCCAAGGAAACGGAGUCCAAAGCGGGACAGGACACCAAGAACGGCAGCCCUAAAAAGAGGGGAGAUUGGAGGAGAGAGCCGCGGGACUUCGGGGACGACGCUUCCAGUGUGAGGAGCGAUGGCUCCGUCCGCGGAGGGAUCCGAGGGCGAGGCAAAGGCCGCGGCCGUGGGAGAGGUCGUGGUAGAGGUCGCUUUGAGUACUCGCAGAGUUCGGAUGUUCCAGUCUCAGACUUCGGCACCAACAUGGUUUAUUACUACGACGACGGCAGCAAAGUGCAGAUGUACACGGUGGACGAGAAGCUCCUCAAAGAGUACAUCAAACGACAAAUCGAGUACUACUUCAGCCUCCACAAUCUGGAGAGAGAUUUCUACCUGAGGAGAAAGAUGGAUGCGAAGGGCUUCCUCCCCAUCUCCCUCAUCGCCAGCUUUCACAGAGUCCAGGCGCUCACCACGGACAUCAGCAUCAUCAUGGAGGCUUUGAAAAACAGCACAGAGGUGGAGCUAGUGGACGAAAGAGUUCGCUGCAAAGUGGAGCCGGAGCGCUGGCCCAUCGCCGUCCCACCAGUAGUGGGUUCCCCGCGGACCGAUUUCUCUCAGCUCAUUCACUGCCCCGAAUUUGUUCCUCGCCGGACCCUUACUUCUGUAAAUGCCGCCUCAUCGCCUGUGAAGGAGACCCCGACCGAGCCUGCAGGACCUCAGGACCCAGCGCAGCACGACCCCUCCAGCCAAGAGUCCGGCCCACUCAAAGAUGAACCAAAAGACGCCCCGGAUGCCUGGAUCCAGGUGGAGAAACGUCACCGACAUGCCUCGGGCAAAGCCAGGGACCGCGGCGAUGCACCGCCGACCCCCCACCACGCUCGGCCGGUGACCGAACCCGACCAGGAGGAGCUGGACUUUAUGUUUGACGAAGAAAUGGAGCAGAUGGCGCCGAGGAAGAACAAGUUCACCGACUGGUCGGACGAGGACGACUCCGACUACGAGCUGGAUGACCAGGACGUCAGCAAAAUCCUGAUCGUCACGCAGACCCCCCCCUACAUGCGCAAGCACCCUGGGGGUGACCGCACCGGCAGCCACGAGUCCAGAGCCAAGAUUACAACGGACUUAGCCAAAGCCAUCAACGACGGCCUCUACUACUACGAGCAGGACCUGUGGAAAGGGGAAGAGCAGCUGGAGUGCAGCAAGCAGGAAGUGGAAAACUUCAAGAAGCUGAGCGUCAUCAGCAAAGAUGAAUUUGACACCCUCACGCCAAAAGUGCCUGUGUACCCCAACCAGGAAGUGCCCUCCCUGCCAGGUACAUUGCCCAGUGAGGCUGACAUGGCCCGUUCGCUGCCCAAAACAGUGCCAGAAUCGCCAAAUGCCCGCCAACCCAAGACCCCAAGAACACCUAGGACCCCCGGGCGCCAGGACCCAACUAAGGCGCCGCGCUUUUAUCCUGUGAUUAAGGAGAGCGGUGCUGUAGAUGGACAGAUGCCGAGGAAGAAGAAGACCCGGCACAGUUCAAACCCACCACAGGAGGCCCACAUAGGCUGGGUGAUGGACUCACGUGAGCACCGGCCGCGGUCUGCAUCCAUCAGCAGCUCCAACGCCUCGCCCUCGGAAGGAGCUCCGCUGUCGGGACCUUACGGAUGCACCCCCCAGUCUCUGCCCAAGUUUUGGCACCCGUCUCACGAGAUGUUGAGGGACAACGGCUUUACGCAGCAGGGCUACCAUAAGUACCGCCGACGCUGCCUCAAUGAACGUAAGCGCCUGGGCAUCGGCCAGUCUCAGGAGAUGAACACCCUUUUCCGGUUCUGGUCCUUCUUCCUUAGAGACAACUUCAACAGGAAAAUGUACGAGGAGUUCAAACAGUUUGCUCUGGAAGACGCCACAGAAAACUACAGGUAUGGCCUGGAAUGCCUCUUCAGGUACUACAGCUAUGGCCUGGAGAAGAGGUUCCGAAUGGAUCUGUUCAAGGAUUUCCAAGAAGAGACCUUAAGGGACUUCGACAAAGGUCAACUGUAUGGACUAGAGAAAUUCUGGGCCUUCCUGAAGUACUCCAAGAUGAAGAAUCAGCCCAUCGACCCAAAACUGCAGAAACACCUGUCCCAGUUUAGGAACCUGGAAGAUUUCAGGGUGGUGCCCCCUAUGGGAGAUGAAGGAGGUCGAAGGAGACGCACUUCGUCCUCGGCCGGGGACGAGGGGAGGCAUCGGCGCCAUCCUUCCAACACUACCUCAAAGCCUGCUCAGGCCUCCACCAAAGCGCCACAGCAGAACUUGGCCAAAGGAGGAGCCCAGAUAGCCGCCGCAGUGCCCGCCCAGGUCAAGAAAGUCGAGCCUAAAGGGGCGAAGAAAGAAGGCGGCUCAGCGACCGAAUGAAGCCUGCUCCCCUCUGAGGGGUUUGCAUUGAACACGUAAUGAGUGCGAGGGCAGCAGCAGCGCCGCCUAGUGGUUCACAAGACGGCCCGAGCGUGUUGACCUGACAUGUUCUUAGCAGCAUUUCACUUAAAGCAGCCAGCUUGAUUUUAACGUUUACAUCAAAAUGCAUUCCUUGCAUUUUCAUCCUCACAGGCCAAACAUUUUACCAAUCUGCAAGCUACUCGGAUUGAGUGCCAAGAUGGCCACUGUCCUGUGCCUUAUACGCCCCGCCCCGUCCGUGAAAAAAACGUCUUCCUGGCUUUGAAAUUAGGGUCAAGACGUCUUUAAAAUUUCCAUCACUUUUAAUUGAGACAAUCAAGUUGACAGUUUGAAGCAGCGCCCACAUUUUCAAGUUUUUAUUUUACAUUUUAACACAUUUAUCCAAGAAGCUUUAAAGUCCAAUGUGACAUAAUUUAUUUUUUCAUUUUUAUUUCUCCAUUGAUUUGAUUAAUGACGUCUUAGUCUCUAAGGACUUUUUUAAUUUCUGCAGGAAUGAUGGGUUUGAGCUUGCAAAAUAAAACAGAACUACAGUCUAUUAUCCUUUAUUUUCUCACAGUUUACGUUUUAUUAUGCUUGAGGCUUGGUGCUUUUAGAGCACUUUAAUUGGUAAAGUUUCCUUUGUUGCUCAAUGGACAUAAAUUGAGGCUUUAGAGUUGAAUGAAAAAAUGUAAAUACUACUAUUAAAAAUCGUUUGCUAUUCAAUUAUUCUUUUGAUUUUAAGGUCGUGAUUUAUCGGUAGUGUGGUUUUGAGUGUGUUUUAGGAUGAAGUUGUGCAUGUUAAUACCUUAAAAUGUACUGUAAAAAUGCAACAAAAAAAGAAAUAAAAU